AUGGACGACAAGGCCGAUUCGGCGGCGUCCCCGGACGGCUCGCGUGAUGAGGCUGCCAAGAUGAACCGUGCCUGUGACUUCUGCCAUCGUAUGAAGAUGAAGUGUAUCGGUAAAGAGAACCCGCCUUGCAACCGAUGCAGAGCCAGCAGACAGUCAUGCACCUUUGACGGCCCGCGCAAGUCCAAAGGCACCAAGGUUGAAGAUCGCCUGAAGGUUGUCGAAGAGCAAAUGUCCGAGGUCCAGUCGAGCCUCGCGGAGCUCUUGCAGUACCAGCGCGCCGCAGCUGCUUCGACUCCUCGUCCAGUCUCCACACCAGCCCCGCCCCAGUCUGAACCGUCGCACCGGACUGGUGUCCCAGCGCUUGAGCCACCACUUUCGACCCAUGACUCGCCAGCUGCUCCAAGUUCGUCACGGGGCUUCUGGAACAACAACGCGUCGCCCUCGGCACCGCACUCGCCCAUAAAGCAGGCACCUGCUGCACCCCCUAUCCGGCAAGCGCAUGCUGGGCACAGCAACGGCAGCGGCCGGACGUCCCCGGGCAAAGCCUACGACAUGUCGCGCCCUUGGAGCUCGCGGGGCACGCCGCAUCGGCACGAACCCUCUCCAGCGCAUCUGCAAGAAGCAGAGUCGGGGAUGCCCUCGGACGACGAGGACGAUGACCCCCUCGAGCCUCACGCAAUCAUAUACAACAACAUGCUGAGCCUCGCCGAGGCGGCGCGUCUGAAGGCCGAUGGACACUUGGAGGAGAACGACCGCCCUCCGAGGAAGCGGGACGCCCGUGGCCGGGAGCAAAUGCCCUUCGACUUUACUGUCGACGCCGAGAGCCGGAAGCGACCUCGCCGCGACGAUGGCUUGCGCAACAGUGACCCACUCCUCCAACGUGGCAACCACGUCCAUGCAUUCAAGCACCCAAUCGAGCUAGGAUUCUGCUCCGAAGCAAAGGGCAGGCAGCUCUUCCAAAUCUUCAUGGAUGGCGCGGCCGUCUAUGUCCCCAUAUUCGAGCCUGGUGUGGACACUUGGGAGAGUCUCCUCUUACGUUCGCCGUUUUCGGUCACGGUGCUCAUGUAUGUGGGCGCAAAGAUUGAAGAUGCCGGUGGACAGCCGAGUGUCCUCCAGAACAAGCUCAAGGACCAUGCCGAGAAGAUUGGCAUGCACACGCUCUUCACCCCCGUCGCCCGUAUCGAGGUUCUCCAAGGAAUGAUUAUCCUUGCGUCUUGGGGCGACACCAGCUGGCGUCCCGGUGGCCACGCCCUGCGAAUUGCCAUGGAUAUGGGACUCUACCGCUGCCUGCCAUUCCUCGCUGAGACGGGUAUGGGAGCGGGCAAGACCGCAGCAGAGCUUCAGGACGAGCGUCAUUUGGUUGUCGGAGCGAGAUGCUGGCUUGCACUGUACAAAUCCGAGUUUGAGAUGGCUUUCAACCUUGGCCGUCCAGCCCUCUUUGCUGCCGAAGAGACACUUUCACACGGCCGCAAGUUUCUCGAUCAUCCCUUGGCCAUCCAGACGGACAGCCGGCUCGUUGCCACUUGCGAGCUGUUGACUUUGAGGCUCUCCAUGCAUCAACCGUUCUCAAUCUGGGCUGCUGCCACAAGGAUGCAGAACCUCGACGAGCGCAUUGAGCAGGCAGAUAACUCGUACGCCGUAUGGUACAAGUACUGGGAGUCAUACUACAUCGACGCCGGUGUUCAACGGUCAAAUAUCUUGCGCGAGUCGCUGCUGAGCCAGUAUUCACACGCUCGCCUCCACACCAACUCGCGCAUCCUCCACUCAGUCCGGUCCAGGCGGGACGUUGCCCUCCUCUCCGAGAAGCGCCACAUUCUGCUGGUCAAUGCGCUCCGUUCCGCCGAGACGCUCGUGGGCAUGGCCCUCCGCGGAUCAGCAUACGCAUCAAACUUUGUCAAGGGCAACUACUACACACACGUUGGCAUCGCCUUUGCGGCGCGCAUGCUUAUCCGUCUCACGUCCCUCAUCCCGGAAGAGGUCGACAUUCGCCAAACUGGCCGUGACCUCGAGGCUCUCACCAAACGACUCGCUCAGGUCCCUGGAUUCCAGUUUGCCCAGCAGCUUCGUGAAAUCAUUGUCAAGGCGCGUCGUCGACACUUCCUCCCGCCCAGCUCCAAAGCGCCGUCGCGUAACCCUUCGCCCGGUCCUGAUCCUGGCCCCGAGGACAAGCACAGCAGGGGCCAGCGCGAACCAUACCUACCCGUGUCGGGGUCCCACCCUACGCCAGCCCUCUCGCCGGCAAACGCUGUCGACAUGUUGGUCGGGAGUGCUACGGGGACCACGCCCGAGAACAUUGCGUUGGACUUUUUCUACGCCGAACAGCUGUUUGCGACGACUGGCGCUGAUGGAAGCGAGCACCUCAAGAAUGACAUGCCGCCCAUGGCGGGCACUGGCACGGGGACGCCUGCCCUCAUCGACCCAGUGUUCUCCCUGGACUCGUGGUUCCCCUACCCCCCUUUGGAAUCAGACUCGCUCGACUUUGGCGGUGCUGCAGGCGACAUGAGCUUGGGCGGGUUAGGCUCUGUGGGUAACCACGAUGGAGUUUAUUGGUAG